CUCUCCCCGCCUGGGGCUGCCGCCGCGCCAGUGGUGGCUCCGCGUUUCCAAAAGGGGCCCUCCGACUCCUCGCUGGGCCAGUCCGGCGCUGAGUCGUGGAGCCCCGCACAACUCCCGCUGGUCCCUGAACGGGGUCCCUCCUCCCCAGAGUUGCGAGCAACUUUCCCCUCUCCCUGGCGCCGCGGUGGCUCGGGGACCGUGGCCGCCGCAGGUAGCUGAACUCCGGGCCACUCUCCCUGCGCCUCGGCUGAGCGCGCUCGCAGGUCGCUCUCUCUCCGGGUGCACGCUGGGGGUCCCCGAGCUCGACUCUGCGGGCGAGAUGCCCCUAGGACAUAUCAUGAGGCUGGAUCUGGAGAAGAUCGCCCUGGAAUACAUCGUGCCCUGUCUGCACGAGGUCGGCUUCUGCUACCUGGACAACUUCCUGGGUGAGGUGGUGGGCGACUGUGUCCUGGAGCGAGUCAAGCAGCUGCACUGCAACGGGGCCCUGCGGGACGGCCAGCUGGCCGGGCCCCGCACCGGCGUCUCCAAGCGGCACCUGCGGGGCGACCAGAUCACGUGGAUCGGGGGCAACGAGGAGGGCUGCGAGGCCAUCAGCUUCCUCUUGUCUCUCAUCGACAGGCUGGUCCUGUAUUGCGGGAGCCGGCUGGGCAAAUACUACGUCAAGGAAAGGUCCAAGGCGAUGGUGGCUUGCUACCCAGGAAAUGGAACAGGUUAUGUUCGACACGUGGACAACCCCAGCGGUGACGGCCGCUGCAUCACCUGCAUCUACUAUCUGAACAAGAACUGGGAUGCCAAGCUACAUGGUGGGGUCCUGCGGAUAUUUCCAGAAGGGAAAUCGUUCAUAGCGGAUGUGGAGCCCAUUUUUGACAGACUCUUGUUCUUCUGGUCAGACCGCAGGAACCCACAUGAAGUCCAGCCUUCCUAUGCAACCAGAUAUGCCAUGACUGUUUGGUACUUUGAUGCUGAAGAAAGGGCAGAAGCCAAAAAGAAAUUCAGGAAUUUAACUAGGAAAACUGAACCUGCCCUCACUGAGGACUGACCCUGAUCUGAAAUCCGCUGGCCUCAUUCAUUUUAGUAACAGUUCCUGAAUUCACUUUUAAGAGUUGAGAUCCAAAGAAAGCCACUUCUUUAGUGACUCGGUGAUGAGAACCCCCCUAUUGCUUGCAUCAUUCACAUCCCUGUCUUGCGUACGGUACUUUGUGUUUUCUUGCCAAGACUGCAUCUACCUUCAGACACUCUCUUUGCCAGAUGAACUCAUUUGCUAACUCCAGAAAUACCUGCAGACGACCUAGCUGGCCAGCGGUUUAAUUGUCAGAUUUGGUAAUCCUGGGUAUCAAAGCAAGAACCUGGAAGCACAGGCGAGGGACUGAAUCUUACUUGCACUUUAUGUACACUUCCUGAUUUGAAAGGAGGAGGUUUGCAAAGAAGUUAGACGGUGACAGAUGCCACAGAGAGGCAUCACUGAAGCCUUAACAGCAGGAAACAGAAAUCUGUGUCAUCUGAACAAUUUCCAGAUGUUCUUAAUCCGGGGCUGUUGGGGUUUCUGGAGGAUCAUCACAACCUAAUGACGUUAUUACCUCUAGAAAGGGCCGCUGUCAUAGUCAUCAAUUUCUCAGUACCCUGUGGGUGGACACUCCUUUUUCCUGGUCCUGCAAACUGGACUUGCUGCCUCUGCCCCAUUUUGCUGAAAGUAUGACUUUCUGAUCAAAGAUGACAACACCUUUUAUUUUCUAUUUUCACUUCUGACUUAGAGAACCUAAUUCAUUAAUUGUUCUGGUUGGUUUGUUGAAAUGAAAUUUGAAUUUAAAUCAAAGGGGAAAAAAAUCUUCCUGGUAGUUUAGAGCCAACAACCUCUGAUAAUGGUGUCAAAAGACCUGGGUCUACUGAUAUACAAUAAACGUGUGCAUCUUGAACGACUGGAGAUUGGAGAUGGAGUUGGAAAUGUGGGCAUUCCUGUUUUUCAGUUUUCCUUUCUAAUGAGCUCACCCUUCCUCUUUAACAAAAUAAGAAAAUCACAAAAACUAGGGCACUGUAUUUUAAAAAGGAAAUGGAAAUAAAACAAAAAAUCCUGAAAAGC